GAAAGAGUGAACAUAACUUCCUAUCGUUUUGAACAGCUUAGGUUUGGCGUAGGAUAGCAUUUGAAUAUACCCUAAAAUGCGCCGAGGUGCUCAUCGUCUGAGCUGUCGCAUUCGCUAUCCUGCUCGGCUAUCCACGACCAAUAACUCAAUCAUUUUCCAUCUCUUUCUCUCUCCUCGUUUUUUCACACACCACUUUUCAGCUGACGGCCCAUCUGCUAAACCUUCCUUCUUCAGCCAUUAUUUCAAAAAGUGCCUGCAAAAUCAAGUCCAAAUCGUGCCUCCGGCGGAUAUGAGCAGUGGCGGGAGAUUUUAUUGGGCGCGAAAUCGCGGGGAGAAGUUCCAGGCGAAGGGAAUAGUGGUGGUUUUCGCGUGGAUUUCGAUUAGCGAUGCUCAAUUGAAGGAUUUCACCGAUUUCUACUCUUCGCUCGGAUGGAAUUCUCUCGUUUGCCGCGCCGAUUAUCUUAAUCCGUUCAUUUCCGAGAGAGCUACAUCACUUGCCUUUUCUGUCAUUGGUGAGCUUGUCAAGGAGCUCAGAUGUGGAUUAUGCCCUGUAGUACUGUUAUCCUUUUCUGGUGGUUCAAAAGCCUGCAUGUAUAAGGUUCUCCAGAUCGUACAAGGAUGUUCAGAUUUGGAGCUCUGUCUGGAGGACAAUAGGUUACUUGUCAGUUGCAUCUCAGGGCAGAUUUAUGAUUCUGAUCCUAUUGAAUUUACUUCUGAUUUGGGUGCCCGGUUUUCUCUGCACCGCUCUAUCCUCAAAUUUCCGGGAUCAUCAAAGCUGAUUUCGUUGUUUUCUAAAGGUGUCACCUCAAGCUUGGAUGCUCUAUUUAUCACCAGAUUUGGAUCCCAACGUGCAGAUUACUGGCAAACCCUUUAUUCCUCAGUUGGUUUAGGUGCCCCCUUUCUUAUUUUAUGCUCGGAAAAUGAUGAGGUGGCUCCACUUUCAACCUCGACCAACUUUGCUCAGCGUUUACAGGAUUUAGGCGGUUAUGUAAAAGUUGUGACGUGUAGUGCAGGUCUUAUCAAGCAUCAAUCAAUACAGUAUACAACUGCUAUAACCGAGUUUCUUGAGCAGGCUACUUCAAUUUUCUCGAAGAAAAUACAGAAUCUCGGGGAGAAGUCUUACAUGGACGACAUGCAGGAUAAAAUUUCCAAUUUGAUAUGUGAUCUCCAGAAUGCGGCAGUGGACUCGAAUCAGAGCUUCAGAAGAGUCGCUGUCGGGCCAAACGAUCACUUUUUCCUACCAAGCUCAACAUAUUACCAAAACAACAAAGAAUAUGGGUCUGUACAACAAGAAAGAAAAGAGACGUCACCUAAUCGUUCAAGUCCUCCUUGUAUGGGUGCAAAUAGUGUUCUCGGCCAAACACUUUUUGAUGCGUGUGUACCAAAAAAUGUUGAGGGAUGGGAUAUUAAAUUCUCCGGGUCUUUGAAUGGGGAGCCGUUUGCUUCUGUUUGCAAGAGGUCACCGUUUAGAGGCAUUAAACUUAAAUCAAGACUAUAAGAAGACGGUGUAUAAUUUGCAUGGCAGAAGAAUGUGCGUGAAACUAAGCUGGAAAUUUUUGCCGCUGAAAAUUGGAGGGAAGUUUUGAGGACCAUGGUAUUUCGGACUAUACAAUAGGGUAAUUUUGACGGAUAUCCAGCCGAGAACCAAAUUAUUGGGGAUUAUGACAUGCAAUGCAUACAACUUUAAGCUGAAGGAAUUGUACUCAAAGUCAAAGCUCCUUGUGUGAUAAUGUGCGAGAAAACUUUCAAGAGUUAAGAAGAGGUCAGUGAUGAAGGAAAGAACAUUAUCGGAUCUACCGCUCUUGCAGAAGAAAAAAUAAUUGAGUUCUCAAGCUCUGUGAACGUAAAGGGUGUUAAAUGGUGUAAUUGCAAAGGCUUCAAGUGGAGAGAGUUUGAGUGAGGAUGCUAUUCGACUUCUCACGAGGUAUUUCUACUUCCAAGUAUCAUAAUAAUUCAUCUUUAAGUUGUGGCUCGUUUCUAAUAAUAUAUGACAUGCACAUUUUAGAACAUAUAUAGCAACAUUGGGAUGCAAAAUGUUAUACUAGUGGACAUGUUUUCUUGAUAAAAGUCGAAUCAAGCUAAGUCUAGGAAAUUCCAGUUUAGACAUUAAAAUAUGAAGGUUCAAGGAUGGAAGUAUGAAGGUUCAAAAUUUUGGCCAAAAUUUUAUUAGUGGAAUAUAUAAAUGCACAUAUUUUUUUCUUUCUCCUCUCUCUCUAUUUGGUUAUUCAUACGGGACAUUAGCAAACAGAUCCCAUCUUAUUAGGAAUAAAUGAAGUAAAAGGGUUAUCAUGCCCGCCGGUAAAUUUAUAUAAUUAUAGUGACUAAUUUAGUCCAAAAAGGAAACUAUUUUAGCGUCAAUUAUUGUUUCUAAAUAUAAUUAUAGCAAGUAUUGUUCAUUGAAAGCUUUUAUCACUUUGCAAAGGCACCAAGAAUAUAUGACAAAGUUGCAGUAACUAAGCUAGGUUUGAGUCAUGAUUAUGGCCUGCAAAAAUCUCAAAUAAUCCUUUCUGCAUUUAAGUUAUAAGUCUUCAACCACCUAAUUUUCAUCAUGCUUAUUUUAUUUUUCCUUCUUUCUUAUAAGAAAUAUUCUCAUCAUGUUCGAUAGGGUUAAUCGACUAGAAUUUGGUAUUAUAAAAAAAUGAGAAACAUACUUUAUCCACGAAUCGUACUUUUGGUUUUAUAAGUAGUUUGGACAGUAAAAUAUGUUAUUUCUCUCAAAGUGUGAAAUUCUUAUUUAUAAUCUUCAUAAAGCUUCCUUU